AUGGCAAUAUUCAUUGCCGCAAACGGCUCCGAGCUCGCGUCGCUUCUGCCCACAGACGUCAGACAUUGGUGGCCCAUUAUCGAAGACGUCUUCACCUCAACAGCAGUGCAGAGCCUCAGCGCCGACAUACUGGAAGCAUUCUGUGCGUCGAAUGAGUUUGGCGUGGUGACUUUGGAUGCCACUAUCAAAUGCUGCAUGGGCAUCAUGGGGCAAGAAUCCUAUCGCGCGCCCAAGAAAAAGAGGAACGCAGCUCCCUUCGAUGACAUCGCCGCCCUGCGAUGGGUGCUGACAGUGCGAGGGCGCACUGGUGCAGUCUCGGCCAUGAUUGCCGUGCCCUCAGAGAAGGCCGAGGUGGUGACCCCAGCUCUUGGCCAGGCUCUACCCGCCAAAGGACUGCUGCAGGUUCAGUGCGUUGCCUCUGACUCUGCCUCAAUCAAGCUCUACACACAUCUGCGGCGCAUCAUGCCAAACCUGCAGUGUCUGACGCUUGACCCCGUUCACCUGCCCAUAGUAUAUGAGUACGCCACGUGGCGCAAGCGAACCGCCGGAGCAGUCGCUUUGCGCAAGAUCAUGGCCAAGUUCAACGCCGUGGACUCUGAUCUGCCGGCAGAACAUUGGGGCAACUUCUACAGGGGCUACAGCAAUGACGCCAGCGGUGCACUUAGCCAUGCAGGGAAUGUCUGCAGAGGCUUCAUCGAGAGCGGCGCCAUGGCCAAAGCCAAAGCCCGGGGUAUCGUUGAGAACCUGGAUAGCUCCAGGCCGUUUUUGUCGAGAUUCGAGUUCAUCGAGGCUCUAGCUGCCUUAUCUGCAACCUUUCCCGAGGACAUGAACAGGAAGGUAACAGGUGCUAACAAGCGCGUGGCGCAUAUCCUCUGGUGCGCCACUGAUCCGGAUCGUGCCGUGUGGCUUUUCAACAACAGCCGCUGGCGUCACAGUCUCGGUCGACGCGUGCUGGCUCUCCUACCGUCGGGAACGUCCUCGAACGAAGCCCUUCACGCUGAGGUGAAGAAUUGGUUCUCUGAGACGCAACAGAUCCACCAAAGCGCUCUAUGCCUUAAGCUGCUCAUGUUAACCUUGGGCAAACAGAUCCCACACUUUCUGGCCAUGGCACAUCCAACCAUCAGUCAGUGCGCCAGCAAAGUUCUUCUGGCGCGAGCGGUUGCUAACUCCCCCUGGACGGAUGUCGCGUGGCAGUCCUGGUGCAGUGAACUAAGGCACGAGGCGCAUGUGGAAAAGGCGGCCCUCCCCUACAACGAGCCACGCGCAGAGGAAGUCUCCAAGGUCCGCAGUUGGAACAUGAAGCGGCCGGCCGCCGUGAAGAAGUCUCACUUCAAAAGAACAGUAUUUACUCUCAAGAGACUGUCCAAGCUCCGGACGCAGCGCACCCGCACCUGCAGGUAA